CCGAGAAAACAAUAGAACAGUAUAUCUAUCCUCCGGUCGUUGGAAAAGAGAAACUUCAUUGUCGAGUGUUGGGGUCGCGUCCGCGACCCAGACAUCAGCAGAGGUGGCGUGGGGUACGGCAGUGAUGGAAUUGCAGAGCUGGCUGCUCUAUCAUCUUGUAGCCGUAACCGACUGCAAUCAAGGAAACAGCGGUCUACCAAUGUUUGAUGUGAUGCAGUCGGCGACUACACUGAACGGCGGAUCUUAUCCCGCCGGAGGCACCGGAAGCCGCGCUCGUGAUUUAGGUCUUCGAGCGCAGAAAAAAUUACUCGGCAGAGUCGUAUCUACAGGGGCCGGAAGAUCAUUGCUGAUAGAUGAUGCGACCACGUCACUUUUGGACAAUCUUUACAAGCUGAUGGAAAGAGCCACGAAAAGCAAUCCUAACUUGGACAAAAAGCAGCCUGAAAAGGUUUUAAAGAAUAUUGUUAAAUUGUCCAUUAAGGUGGGUCUUCUACAGCGUAAUCAACAAUUAAACGUGGCCGACGAUGUAAAACUCGCUGAAAUAAGGACUGCACUUAGAGCUGUAGCGAUGUCUGUGGUCUCGUUUUACGAAUUGGAAUUCAGUUUCGACAGAGCGUAUUUGAUAAAGUCGCUGGAACGAUGUAGAACCGCGAUACAGACGCUCAUAAAGCCACACCUAACAGACAAGUCGCAGGAUCGGUGUGAUCAGGUGUUCGAUUUCUUAACGCAUUCCGACUUCUUGGACUCCGUGUUUAGGCAAGACUCGGAACACAGACCUGUCCUCGGGAUGCUAGUUAGUGAUAUAAAUAAGGCCUUGGAUGCUGGUCAUCUUUGAUUCAUUUUUAAGCGCAUGCUUGCGUUUACUUGCGCUUAAAACGCGUACUUGCUGAGACGUUGUUACGAUUUCAAGAGAAGAAUGUAACGCGUUUCUUUCCUGAUUAUUAUUGACAAAAAGAAAAAAAGAAAACCACGAAGUUCGCGUAUACAUGUGUGGUACCAGUUACUUACUCGAUCGCCUGUGUAAACGAUUGUAAGAGAAACGAAUAUGUUUUCGACAGAAGGAAACGCUUUCGAGACACGACGAUGUUCCUUGUAGGAAUAAUCGAAUGACUUCACAUGAGUAGUGCUCACCAAUUUUAUGCAAUAAUUGUGAAAUACUCUAUUUAUUUUCAGAAUGUAUAUUGUUACGAUCAGUGUAUAUUUAUUUACGAUACUCACGCGUUAGGAGAUACCAACUGUCAAUCUAUACCAAAAAGAAAUGAGCUUAUUUAACGCCCGAAAACGGGCUCCUAGUAACGAGAUGGUAGAAAAAUGACUCCGUUAAUCCCUGACAGAAUAGCGCGUAAAAGAAGCAAUUUAUCACCGCUGAGAUCAAAACUAAUAGAGAUACGUGCUCCGAGAAAUCCUUUUGAAGGUAUAUAAUAAUCUCUCACUCGUCAAAGAGCUAUAACUCUGACAUAUCGACGUGUGGCCAUCUAUAAAGACGGAUUGCCCUUCGUUUUUAUCCAUAUUUGCGCGCCUUGGUACAUUUUCGACACACAUAAUA